AUGGCCACUCGUGUCGUUAAAAUAACCGUAGUAACCGAUUUUGUAUGCGCAAACUGCUGCAUUAGCCAGCAUGAACUGCUCAAUGCUAUUACAUUCUGCAAAGAUACCUUGCACCUCCCCCUAGCAUUCCAGCUCGAACACUUGCCAUUUCGCCUCCUAUGCUCUGAGUCAGUGAAUGAUGAUUCCCCCAAAGUCGAAAAGGUCGACUUCCUCACAACCCAUCUUGGCCAAGAGAGGUUUUCCAAACUCAAGAAUGAUGUAUCAAAAUGGGCAGAAGAGAAGGGUAUCCCCAUAUCUUUCAAGGGGGUCAUAAGCCAAACCAUUCGCGCUCACCGACUGUGUCAGAAAGCAUACAAGAUGGGUGGUCAGAAGCUACAAGUCCCAAUAUUGUGUGCUGUUUUCAAAGCACAUAUGGAAGAUGGGUUGGAUAUUGCAAACAUAGGCGUUCUUGCGGAUUUGGCAGAGUCUGUUGGUUUGAUGGGAAGAGAAGAGGCUGUCAAAUUUCUUGAAUCGGAUGAACUGGAAAAGGAAGUCAACGAUAUGUGCAACGCGGCUCGAUCAAAAGGCAUAACUGGUGUCCCAAUGACAAUCAUAGAUGGAAAAUGGGCUGUUAGUGGUGGUCAGUCCUCGGAAGUUUUCAUCCAGAUCUUCAAGAAACUUGCAGCUGCUGGAAUCCACUCUGCCCCGUCACCUUUUGCGGGACCCGUUGUGGAGACUGGAAUUUGCGUUUAG